UUGAAGUUUCUUUUCAUUUACGAACAGGGAACACGCAAGCAACGCCUAUCAGUCAGUGACGAAUGUAGUUCACUUCACGCCCGGAAAGAAGGAAUGAAGUUUGGGGCGAGCACAACCAGGAAGUAGAACAAGAGGAAGCCUCCCGAGCCUUCGUCGAGUCUCAAAUUAUCCUGGUUAAGAAUUUCCACCAGGACGAACGUUGUCAACUGGAAGAAAGUCGACUGGUUGGGUUUUGUCACAAGUGCUUUGCUCUGUUUCUCAUAAGAUGGACUACGAUCCGGAGCUGGGGGGUGCAGCUGUAAUACCAGAGCCUCUGGAUAAAAUGGAGUCUUUGAGACACGAAGUAGAUGGCGUGAAAAACAUCAUGACACAGAACGUGGACCGAAUCCUGGCCCGAGGAGAGAGAUUGGAUGAUCUCAUGGGCAAGUCGGAGGAUCUGCAAGAUGGGGCAAAGCACUUCAAGCACACAUCCCAUAAAGUGGCUCGUACGUACUGGUGGAAGAAUGUCAAGCUGGUUGUGGUCAUCGUGGUCAUCGUCCUCAUCAUCGUGCUCAUUAUUAUCCUACUGGCCACCGGUGUCAUCCCCGUCAGUGCCCCUGUACCGCCAAUUGUCUCACCCACAACUGGCCCAAGUCCAUAAAAACACAAACAUGAAGUAAUCGUACAUACAGACUUAAUCUGAUCAUUGAGAAUAUUUACACGGUUAUGAAAUAGGACAUUAAGCAAAUUGCAACUGUCUGUUGAAACAUCUCUUUUAGGCUUUUUCCUUAACAGUGACUUUCAAUUUUUAGUUUUAUCCUUUCAGGGUGUAUGUUCAAUGUAUGUAACUGUUGUCAAAUGAUGAUGUAUGGGGUUAAAGAAGUUUAGCAUCCAAAUUAUUCAGGCAUGAAUGAACGUCACCCAUUAUGUGUAUAGGUCGAAAUAUUGAUGUAAUUCCUUUGCUGUCCUCGUUACGUUACGUUUAAUGUACUGAUUUCAUUUUACUCCAGGUCACUCUAAAGACAGGCUGAAAUAUAUUUUAGGUGUAAUUUUUCUUGGUUUUGAAACCGGACAAUCCACGUGAUAGUAAUUCAAUUUACGUCCAUUCAAAUUGUCUAAAAAAAAUACAGCGAGCGUAUAACAAUGUUUUUAUGUCAAAACUAGCUUCAUGAUGUAACAAGUAUGUGAUUGAAAAAUCACAUCAGUGUUUAUCUGUAACUUGUUACUUUUCUGAAAGAAUCUAUUCAUUUUAGUGUACACAGAAUUGUAACUUGCGCUUUGACGCUUUGCAGUGUCACCAGCCAUUUUACCCCUUUUGUGUCCUCAUUCUUGGUGGAUUAUUACUACCCCUCUCCCCUCACAGAGAUAUUCUUGCUUUGUUUUUGUUUUUUUUGUCUUGUCUUGUAUAUUCACUGAUUUAUUCAAGCUUCAGAAUUGCGAGGCAUUUGAACCCCAAACUUGGUUCACUGUGUCAAUAGGCGGGCCAGUAUGGUCGAACAUUUAGAUUUCGUGGCUCCUUUUGCUCUGCUUAUAUUAAGCCAAGAUCUCUUUUUCUUAAUGAUUAAUAUUAUUAAGAUGGUUUGCAAACGAUAUUACGCGACUGUGCAAGUGUGGUGAUUGAAGCCUGCCACCUCGCUGCACCGUUAUCUCAAAGGUCAAUUUAAUUCUAUUUAACUGUAUAUAUUAGAAAUGUUCCCAUUUAUGUGUGUACAGAGAGACCAUCUUUUAUCCUUGUGUUAAUGAGUCUUUACUGUGAUUUAGGACUAUUUAUUAAAUGCAUUAUCUUUGUAGGCCUUUCUUUUUUUAAUCAAUUGUGAGCGGGAUCGAUUAGGGAAGAAUCACAUUUAUUUUGAGAUUUUUUUUUGUGUGAAUUGGUGGUAAUUCAAUUAUUUUUACCUCUUCACCGCACUCAAACUAUGUAAGGGUUGAGACAGCCGUUAUUGGCAUGAUGAUCUCUUGAGCCAUAAUCUCCUUACCUGUGAGCCAUCUUUCAUCAACUCAGAAUUACUUGUAUGAUGUAUUGAUUUUUACUUUUCUCACUCGAAAUAAAUUUACUUCUGUAAUCUC